AAAAAAUUGGUGUGCAACUGGUUAUUUAUCAUCUGUCAGGUUUUGUAUUACUUGGAGUUUUAAUCUAAUCCAAUCAAACAAAAUAAACGAGGCAUAUAUAUUUUAGUUUUUUGCUAUUAUAUUUAUUACUAUUAUAUAUAUAGAAUUACUCUUUUAAAUCCACAUAUCUCUUCACAAAGCGAAAAUGCUUUCUGCUACUUUUAAGAACUCCUUUAGAAGCUCACUUAGAUGUUAUUCUUCUGCCGCUGCUAAAACAUUAACUAUUGGAUUAAUUCCAGGUGAUGGGAUUGGAAAGGAAGUCAUUCCUGCUGGAAGACAAGUUCUAGAAGCCUUACCAUCUUCGUAUGGUUUGAAGUUCAAUUUCAUUGACUUAAAAGCAGGGUUUGACCAUUUUCAAGCCGCAGGAACUGCAUUACCCGAAGAAACAUUAUCAGCUUUAAGAAGUGAAUGUCAAGGUGCAUUAUUCGGUGCAGUUUCAUCUCCUACAACUAAAGUCGAGGGCUACUCCUCUCCAAUUGUCGCUUUAAGAAAAAAAUUAAACUUAUACGCCAAUGUUAGACCCGUUAAAUCUGUCGAUAAUGGAAUUGAUAGACCUGUUGAUUUAGUUAUUGUUAGAGAAAACACUGAAGAUUUGUAUGUUAAAGAAGAAAAAACAUUCGAAAAUCCUGAUGGAACUAAAGUUGCUGAAGCCAUUAAAAGAAUCACUGAAGUCGCUUCAAAGAAAAUCGGUAAGAUGGCUUUUGAAAUUGCUUUAAGAAGGCAAGCUUUAAGAGAUUUAGGAUUGAAAUCAAUUCACAGCUCUCCAAGUGUAACAAUCACUCACAAAUCAAAUGUUUUAAGUCUUACUGAUGGUUUAUUCAGAGAAACCAUUCGCAAUUUUUACGAUAAUCAUUUGGAUAAAUUUGAAAGUAUCGAAUUGAAAGAACAAAUUGUUGAUUCAAUGGUUUAUAAGUUGUUUAGAGAGCCUGAAAACUUUGAUGUUAUUGUUGGUCCAAACUUAUAUGGUGAUAUAUUAAGUGAUGGGGCAGCUGCAUUGGUCGGGUCCUUGGGAUUGAUUCCUUCAUGUAAUGUUGGUGAAAAUUUUGUCAUCGGUGAACCCUGCCAUGGGUCGGCUCCUGAUAUUGAAGGGCAAAACAUUGCCAAUCCAAUUGCUACCAUUAGGUCUACGGCAAUGAUGUUAGAAUUUUUGGGAUAUGAUAAAGCUGCUGCCAAAAUAUAUGAAGCAGUUGAUGCUAAUUUAAUAGAAAAUAAAAUCAUUUCCCCUGAUUUAGGAGGAACCAGUAAGACCACGGAAGUUAUUGAGGACAUUCUUAAGCGUAUCAAUUGAAAAUGAAAUCAAUUGAAAUUGAAAUUGAAAUUGAAAUUAAAAAUAAAAUUAAAUAGAAGCGAUGGAAAACAAACAUCCAUAAUAAUUGAGGUACUAUCAUGCUAAUAUUUAAUGCAACUUAAUAAAUUGAAACAUUUAAAACAUUUUUUUUGAUCUUGUAUAUACACGC